AUGAUAAGUGGCCUUCUUGGGCCGAGAAGACUGCGGCUGUGGGGUUUACAAGAAAUGCUGUUUGCUCAUUCCCUCCUGCCGGGCGCCCAGACAACAAUGGUAGCAGGUCAAGAGGGUCGGCUGAUGACGCCUGAACGACGCCAUCGAUUAGAAACUUUCUUUGAGGCAUCGUUUAUGAAUACAAUUGCCAGUUUUGUCGCGCAUACGCCGGUCCCACGAGAAAAGGUCUAA